CCAUAACCAAAGUCCACUUCCACUGAGUGAACAGAGACCUGUCACCAGCAUGUCUGUUCCAGUCAGCAUGGAGCUGUCUCCCCCUCCCUCAGGUCUAGAAGCAGAAUAUAAGACACUUUUCACCACAGACUGCCUUCUCUUCCUCCAUGAGCUGAUCUCCACAUUUAAUGAGGAGGUGGAUCAGGUCCUGCAGUUACGAGUGACUAGAAAAGUAAAUUUGGACCUUUCGGGUGACCUGCCAAACUUUCUGGAAAGCACCACACAUAUCAGGAGAGACCCAGCCUGGAGGGUGCUCCCCGUACCCCCGAGGCUCCAAAGAAGACAUGUGGAUAUUGGGGAUCUGGCUCCUUGUGAUACCCAGUGCUUCAUUAAAGCUCUCCAGUCACCAGCGCAAGGCAUACAGGUGGACUUUGAUGAUGGGAACUGCCCGACAUAUUACAACCAGAUCAAAGGCAUUCAUAAUGUUUAUAAGGCAGUUCACAACCACCUCCCCAAUGUUCCACACAUAUCUCAGGCUCCAGUGCUGAUGCUCCGUCCUCGCGCCUGGAACAUGGUGGAGCACAACAUGAUGGUGGAGGGGAGGGAGGCUCCUGGUCCUCUCUUUGACUUUGGACUCCUCAUGUUUCACUGUGGAAGGACACUUUUUGAAAACAAGAGUGGACCCUUUUUCUACCUCUCAAAAGUGGAAAGCUUCAUGGAGGCCAGACUGUGGAACAAGAUUUUUCUCUGGACACAACACAAGUUGGGCCUUCCACUGGGCAGCAUCAAGGCAACGGUGCUAAUUGAAAAUGUAUUGGCAUCAUUUGAGAUGGAGGAGAUUCUCUAUGAGCUGCGGGAUCAUUCAGCAGGACUCAACUGUGGCAUCUGGGAUUAUUCAGCCUCCUUUGUCAAUAAGUUUGGUCACCGCCAAGCCUUCCUGCUGCCUGACCGCAGUAAAUAUGUCAACAUGGAGAAGCGUUUUCUGCGCACCUACAUGGACCUGUUGGUUCAGACGUGUCAUCGGAGGGGAGCGCUGGCCACAGGAGGCAUGGCUGCCCUGCUGCUGCCUCAGGACCCACUCAGUGAUUCCCACAAGAGAGUGUUGGCUACUGUCACCAGACUGAAGUUGCUGGAGAUCAAUGCAGGUGUGGACGGUUUCAUGGUUUAUGAUCUGAGCUUGAUUGAGCCCAUGCAGAAACUCUUCAAGCUCCACACUGAAGGGGAUAACCAGCUUCACCAGCUUCGAAAUGACAUCACUGUAACUCCUGACGACCUGCUGUCCAUGCCUUCGGGAGGAGUCACACUUUAUGGUUUAAAACACAACAUUUCAGUUGGUGUCCUCUUCAUUAAUGCUUGGCUAUCAGGUGUAGGCCACUUUUUCUACAGAGGCCAGGUCGAAGAUUCAGCCACAGCAGAGAUUUCCAGAUCACAGGUGUGGCAGUGGAUCCGUCAUCAGACUCAGCUGGAGGAUGACAGCAGGGUGGUGAGCAAGCGGCUGGUGACUGACCUCACCAAGGAGGUCAUGAUGGAGCUCAGGGCUUCCUGUCACAUUGUUGGGGCUAAACAGAGGUUACAUACAGCAGCUGACAUCUUCCUGGAGGUGGUCCUAAAGAGAGAUUUCCCAGAGUUCAUCACCACCUACUUGAAUCAGGAGCACACCUUUCUCAGCUCCCAGAGGGCUGGACAGGUGGAGGCUCAUGACGAAGACACACCCCAAUCCAAAAUGUGAGGGUUCAGCUGGGAGACUGCUUCCUGUUCUUACCGCAUCAAUCUCUGCACAUACAGUAUCACACUUUGAGGACUUCACUUGGAAAUUACAAAGGACGUUAUUUUUGGCUAUAAAGCCUUAAUCAGUCAGUUAAAGAAAAUAAGAUGAAUCGAUAAUAAAUAAAACUUAGUUGUGGCCAUCAGAGGUGGAAAAAGUACUGAAAAAUUCUACUCAAGUAAAAGUACCUUUACUUUGAUGAAAUUCUACUUAAGUACAAGUAAAGCUACCCAUCUAAAAAUCUGCUCAAGUAAAAGUAAAAAGUAGUUGGUUUAAAAUGUACUUAAAGUAGAAGUUACUUAAUUACUUCCAACAACUUGAUGGGGGUCACUCAUAUGCAGUGCAAAUAUUUUUCUAUGAUGAACCAUAGAAUUCAAUUACAUUUAGGGCUGCACAGUAUCAUUAGAGCAUCACCAUUGCAAUGCGUUCUUGUGCAAUAGUCACAUUGUGAGACUCGCAGUAUAAGUUCAUCAUAUCAAUAUAAUAUUAGUCAAAGGCAAUAUGCCAUACUUAUUUUGCUGGUUAAUACUUUAGGUUGUGAAGUUCUUAAUUUCCAUGACAGUUUGAUUGUAAAAUGUAUAUUUCAUGCAAAUACAGCCUUUCCAAAUCCCAAAUGAUGACUUCUUUCCAAAUAAAGCUAUUCAAGUUAUUACAAUACACUGUAUAUUGCAAUACAUAUCGCAGUAUACAAAA